AUAGCUUACGUACCUUAGGAAGUUAUAUAUAAACAACCCUUAUAGACCCUUCACAACAUCAAAUACAUAAACCCAAAUUCACUUCUCAUCUUCACACAAAGAUAUCGCAAUCUCUUUAAAAGUCCUAUAGUAUUCCAGUAAUCAGCCCUUGUCAUUUUGAUCAAAACAUUCCCGGUUUCUCUGCUGCAAAUCAAUUUUCAAUCUUUGAUUCACAAUUUUCACACCAAUGGAAAAGCUACAAAAGAUGAUCUCCGAGAAGUCGGUAGUGAUUUUUAGCAAGAACUCUUGCUGCAUGUCUCACACAAUCAAAACACUUUUUCUAGACUUUGGUGUGAACCCGACGAUCUAUGAGCUAGACGAGAUCAACAGAGGAAAGGAGAUAGAGCAAGCAUUGGCUCAGCUCGGCUGCAGCCCGACCGUUCCCGUGGUGUUCAUAGGAGGUCAACUUGUUGGUGGAGCCAAUCAAGUCAUGAGUCUUCAUCUCAAUCGCUCUCUCGUUCCGAUGCUAAAGCGUGUUGGAGCAUUGUGGCUUUGAUUAAAUACAAGCGAUACUUACGUAAGACGACGUAGUUUGAUAAUUAAUGAAAGUUAUCAAAGGAUGACAAAAAUUAUAUAAAUGUAUGCAUGCAUGUUUAGUAUAUGUUUUAAAAGCAUGCAUAGUUGCUUAUGUGUGGUACCUAUUUUGUAACGUGCGGCUAUAUUUCUAAUAUAAAAUCAGUUAGUGCUGGA